CGCAUCACGUGAAAAACGACUUCAGGUCAUGUGAUGAUUAUUAUGUGGGUGGAAAAUGGCCGCAACAGGAGAAGAUGCAGCAGCGAUGGACAGCAUCUCCAAAGCUCCCAUUCCCCCAUCGGCACUGAACUUCAAGGCUGGCGACCAAGAUCCUCAGCAAGAGAUCUCAAGCGGUGAAAGCGGCCUCGCGGAAAACCAGCCAACACCAUCCAAAAAGAGCAGCAGCAAUAGUGAUGGGGGUGUGGAGACUGCAGAGGAAGCGGUUGAGCCAGCAGAGCCUGACAUCGAUGAGCUCUGCAAAGACAUGUUUGACAAAAUGGGCAUAUUUCUACAAGGCGAGCUAACAGCGACCUGUGAAGACUACAAACUUUUGGAGAACAUGAACAAACUCACCAGCUUAAAGUACAUGGAAAUGAAGGACAUAUCCAUAAACAUCAGUCGAAACUUGCAGGAUCUCAAUCAGAAAUAUGCCAGUCUACAACCCUACCUUGACCAGAUCAAUCAAAUAGACGAACAGGUGACAGCGCUCGAACAGGCGGCUUACAAACUGGACACGUACUCCAAAAAACUAGAGGCCAAGUUCAAAAAGCUGGAGAAGCGUUGAGGAGCUGAUGACAAGGUUCUGUUGGACUGUCAGAGCCACCACAGGAAGUCUGUGCUGGUGGUGUCCGUAACAUAGUCAGCCUGUUUCGAAACAUGCAAACCUUUUUUUGUUUCGGGCAUGAACAACACGCACUUAACACCACCAACAAAACUCCCAUCUCGUGCGUGAGAGAGAGAGAGCUGUGAAGUCCAAGGGAGGAAAUGUAUAUCAAGAAGCUCCCGUAUCCUGCUGCCUGAUUCUGCACUCCUCUCCACCCUAUUGGAAGGAAAUGGCCUUGGUGGAAAUAUAACCCAAGGACGUCACGGAGAAGAACGUGCCACAGCCACUCCAUAGAGGUCUAAUCGUGUGUGCGUGUGUGUCCUAACCUUGUGUUUUUUUUCUGUCUUGGAAGGAUAUGCACAAUUCAACAUAAAGCAUUACUGGAAUGUUGUAAAAAAACACUUUGUAUAUAUUUUGUCCUGAUAAAAUCUGCUUUGUUAGCUUUUGUUGAUAUUGACUGUACCCUCUGUUAUUAAAUGUCAGAACUAUUCAAUUUACUUAAUCUGUUAAUGUAUUCUGCCAAUUAACAGUUUGUUUGAUUGUAAUAAAAUUGCAAACCCCUUCCUAAAUGCA